AUGAGCGGAAGCGAUGCAGAGUUCACGGUCUUGUGCUGCGGCGGCGGGAACGCUGCGCAGGUCGCCACGGGCCUCUUUGCCGUGAGGUACAAGACCAUCGCCGUGUCCUUCUUCGCCGAUGAGGCCGCGAAGUGGAAGGAUGCCUUGGGUGAGGCGGAGUUCGAGCUCACAACCCCAGGUGGUGGAGUCAUGAAGUCGAAGCCCAAGGACAUCACCAACGACCCCUCCGUCGCCAAGGAUGCUGACUUGAUCUUGCUUGUGGUUCCAUCCUUCGCACAUGGCGAGUACUUCGAGAAGUUCGCGCCCUACAUGAAGCCGGGCACCAUCGUGGCCACGAUGCCCGCGCGCUCCGGCGGCGACAUCUUGUUCGCCUCGAAGCUUGGGGACAAGGCCAAGGACAUGAUCUUCUGCGGCUUCGAGACACUGCCCUGGGCAUGCCGCUUCACGGAGUGGGGCAAGAAGGCCACCAUCCUCGGCACUAAGAACAACAUUCUUGCAGCCGUGACCCCCGUGUCGGCAACGAAGAAGGCCCUGGCCAAGCUCCAGGGCCUUCUUGGCGUGAACCCUCAGGUGCUGGAGAGUCCGAACAACCUGGGCAUCAGCCUCCGUAAUCCGGGCAUGAUCGUCCACCCCGGCGUGAUGUAUGGUCGAUGGGGCCCAGAGAGCUGGGAUGGUGCGGCCAAGGAUGAGGCCCCCCUCUUCUACCAAGGCGUCGAUGACUUCACGGAGACGGUUUUGACCGGCAUGACCGAUGAGGUGCAGCUCUUGUGCCGGAAGAUGGAGGAGGUUGCCAAAGGCUUGGACAUGAAGGAUGCUUGUACGCUGAAGCAGUGGUACUUGGACUGCUACGAUGGGCAGAUGAAGGACACCUCCUCGCUCAAGGCUUGCAUGAACACCAACGCUGCCUACGACGGCUUGAAGCACCCCUGCAAAGAGGUUGACGGCAAGUUCAUGCCGGAUCUGAAGUACCGCUACUUGGCAGAGGACAUCCCUACCGGACUCUGCUUCGCCAAAGGCUUGGCUGAGAUCGUGGGUUUGGAGACCCCCACCAUCGACAAGGUCAUGAAGUGGGGCCAGGAGCGCAGGGUUUACGGGUUCAAAGUUUGA